UUGAAUGAUGACAAGAAGUUAAUCUUAUUUUGCCACCCUUCUCUCAUUCUGAGCCUCAAACAAAAUGGACCACGGCAUGCCGAUGAUGCACCGGCGCCACAUGAUGAUGCACAUGACCUUCUUCUGGGGCAAAGACACCGAGAUCCUCUUCGACUCCUGGCCCGGCUCCGGCCACCUCGCCAUGUACCUCCUCGCCCUGGCCGUCAUCUUCUUCCUGGCCGUCGCCGUCGAGUGGUUCUCCCACAGCGAGCGCCGCCCCGCCGCCGCCCUGCUGCAGACGCUCAUGUACGCCCUCAGGAUCGGCCUCGCCUACCUCGUCAUGCUCGCCAUCAUGUCCUUCAACGGCGCCGUUUUUGUCGCCGCCGUCGCCGGCCACGCCGUUGGGUUUUUCUUCUUCGGCAGCAGGGCUUUUAGCAAGGGGGCGGCGCAGGAUUCUGGCAACGGGAAGGCUUCAGAUCUGCCGCCGAUGAGUUGUUGAGUAAUGCUUAGGCUAGGUUUUUAUAUUUUGAUUUCAAGGUUUUUAUAUUUUGAUUUCAAGGUUUUUAUAUUUUGAUUUCAAGGUUUUUGUAUGAUUUGUUAAUCAUUCAUGUUUGUUUCGAAAAAAUUGCACUUCAGUUUCUUGGA